AUGGGAAGAGCUGGAGCUCUUAUUUGUCUAAUAAUAGUUGCAGUUGAUGUUGUUGCUGGUACUUUUGGGAUCAAAGCGGAAAUAAAUUCAAAAAAGGUAACACAUAUGAGGCUGAGGAGUUCUUCAAAUUAUGGGUGUAAAGAGCGGAGCCAUGAAGCGUUUAAACUGGGAUUAGUUGCGGCAACGCUGCAAGCUAUCUCUCACAUUGCUGCUAAUUUGCUGGGUGGAUGCAUGUGCAUUUGCUGCACGGAGGAGCUUGAAAGAUCGGCUUCCAACAGGCAGUUAUGGUUCGCUUGUCUCAUCCUCUCGUGGAUUGUGGUAGCUAUCGGAUUCCCUAUGUUGAUCAUAGGGAUGUUAGAGAACUCAAAAUCAGAAGGAUCAUGUGGGAUAAUCCAUAGCCAUUUUUUGUUGACUGGUGGGUUAUUAUGCUUUGUUCAUGGAUUCUUCUGCAUUGCACUCUAUGUUUCUGCAGCUGUCAGCUUUGGACAUGAAAGCAAUGGUGGUGAUGGUUAUGAUGAUGAUGAUGGUGAUGAUGGUGAUGAAUUUUGA